CAGUCAGAGCCGCUGGCGAGCAUCGUCUCGGGCUGUAAAAGCUUCAGCUCCGUCCUCAAACUAUGACGAACGGUGCAUAAAGCAGCCAGCCUUAUACUGCGACCCGCAAUCCAGGCCGUUUUCAAAGAAGAGGAGGCUGCACAAUGUAGGAAGGCUGGUCAUCAGUGGGACUCCAUACUGUUCUCUGGGGGGGGGACCAUGGAGCCAGAAGGGCGACCCCUAACCCCAGGGACCAGCUAUGGGCCCCCACCCUCCAGCUCAGCACAAAACCCUGUCACCCCCACCUUCCUCAACUGCACCUUACAGUCCUCAUGUUCUCCAAAAGUGAGAGACGGCCUAAUGUCUGCCAAAUGCUCGGGGGGCCACGCUGUAGAUGAGGGCCCCGAGCAGCCCAGUGCUGAGCCAGGGAGGAGCGCACAGAGGAGAUUCAGGUCCUCAGCCUUUCCUUCCUCCUUAAGCUGGGACUCUGACUCUGAGAAAGAAAUACUAGAUGAGGAGGAGCUACAGCACUUUUCUAACCCUCACGGUCUGGCUGCUCACAGCCCAGGAUCUCCUUCUUCUGGACUCAGACUUCACAGUGAAAAUGACCAAGAACCAGAAAAAGUGCAGCACUUGCAUAGCAAGACUGACUCAUCUACUCCUGCGGAGGGGCACAACAAUGACAGCACAAAGGCAGAAGAGCCAAAUACAUCUCAGUUUGGCCCAACAGACUUGGCAGACAGCAAAGUGUGGAAUGUAUCUGAGGGAGCCGAGCUGUUUCUUUCCAAAGUAAAACCAAAGGAAGGUUGCCAAAUGGAGGAGGAGGCGGACAAUAGUGAGGAAGAGAAGAGGCCCAAGGGAAAAGAAUCCAAGGAGUCUGAGAGAGAUGUGUACACCUUCCCUGGAGACUCAGACACUGAGAGUCCCCCUCCUGCCCCCUGGGCUCAUUGCACAUUCAUUCAGCGGUGCAGAAAGAAGAGGGUGCUGCUCAGGCCCUUCUCCGGACUUGGCACCUUGAAGCGCAUAUUGCCUGAGACUGGCAAGCAGGCAAGAGUGAGUCCUCAAGAAUCAAAAACCACCGAGAUGGCACAGAUGAAUCGAGGUGGAGGGGUGUAUGAUUUUGAGGAAGUCAGCUUUGGAGAGGCAGCAGAGGAAGAACCAAUAAUGUUCAGAGAGAGAGGAGGGAAAAAAGACAAAGAAGAAAGAGGCGGACAGCCAGGUAAAGAAAUCUUCACCUGUGUGGAAUGUAGCAUUUACUUCAAAAAGCAGGUCCAUCUGCAGGAGCACAUAGUCGAGCACUGUCGGAGUGGUGCAGGGGGGGGCAGGCGUUUAGGAAAGGGCGGCCGUUUUCGAUGUACUGAGUGUGGAUGGAACCUGCCAAAUCGGCUCGCACUGGCGGACCACCACAGAAGGCACCAGGAGUCUCGUCUAAAGAUCUUGGGGGAGAUUGAGAAACUGAAUGAAAAUGGGAAGGCAAGAGAGAUUAUGAAGCUCGACAGUAAGAUGGUGGAGCGUAUCAGCUUAGACCCAGAUAUUAUGCAAGAUGCAAGCCCGGCCUCGAUUCCAGGCAAAAUGUCAGAACCAGAAAUAGUCACAUCUCCACCUCUUUCCCCAGCACUAGUUUCAACACCACGCGCAGAGCAAGCAGUUCUUGACUUAGACGCAACUCCCACGGGUCCUCGAGCUCAGGCACGAGCCGUUUCUGCCGGCCGCCGCCGCUUUGUCUGCACCAAGUGUAACUUCAGCACAAGAACCUCCCAGGCACUGUCUAAUCACGCCAAGACACACAACAGAAAGAAAGCCGCUCUCCGGGCUGACUCCCCAUCCCCUGGUUCACCAUCAUGUUUGGCAUCCAUUUCCCUGGCCUGUGGUCAUUGUGCCUUCCUGACCUCCAGUCAAACUAUGAUGAGGGAACAUCAGAAACUUGUUCACCCAGAACAGGCCUCCAUCGGUGGGGCGCAGGCUGAUGAGACUGGCCAGCAUCUGAGGUCUAAUGUGGGUGUUCGGAUUUCAAAACUCACCCUAGAUUCUGACCAUCUCUCUGGGUCUGGAUCUUCACCCGAUGCAAGUCGAGGUGAAAGCCAACAAGGAGUCACUGCCUCUGAGGACAGCACAACGCCAAACUCGGCUCGGCCCACAAGCCAAGUGGUCUUUAAGCGUGUCGGGAACAGGAGAUUCAGCAAAAGAGGGAAGACUUGGACUAAUCUGGCCAAGUUUCUGGAUGAUGACCAGCUGAUCGGGAGUGAAGAAGAGCAGGACGAAGAUCAGAGCACAGAGCUGGACACUGAGUGUUCCCAACAAGACGCCAACUCACCUGUUGGAGGGAAACUGCACACCAGAGCACGAUCCAACACAGAGGACUGCUCAGCACAGAGUGCUACAUUAUCGCUCUCUCCUGAGAAGUGUGUGAAGGACGAAGAUGAGCUGGAAGUGGAGAAAGAUGGAAAGGUUUUCUUUUUGAGGAGAAGCAACCGGGUUACUGCUGCUCCAGCAGAAAUUGACAGUGAUGAUGAUGACGACGACAUUGACGAGGAACAAGUGCGACGUUUCCUGUCGGAGGGCAUCUUGGAUGAAGACCCGGACGAGAUUGAUGAGGAUUCGGAGGCGCUCAGGAGUGUAGAGAGGAAAUGCCCCUACUGCCCCGAUCGAUUUCAUAAUGGCAUUGGCCUUGCCAAUCACGUGAGAGGCCACCUGAACAGAGUGGGCGUCAGCUACAAUGUUCGUCACUUCAUAUCCCCCGAGGAAGUCAAUGCGAUUGAGAAGAAGUUCUCCUAUCAGAAGAAGAAGAAAAAAGUUGCCAACUUUGACCCAGACACAUUCAGCGUGAUGCACUGCGAGUUCUGUAGCGCUGGCUUUGACACCCGGGCCGGCCUGUCCAGCCAUGCCCGGGCUCACCUCCGCGACUUCGGCAUCACUAACUGGGAUGUCACCAUCUCGCCGAUCCACAUCCUGAGGGAGUUGUUCUCCAGCAGGCCCGAUCUUGUUAUCCCCACGGCUCCCCCUCGGAGCCCAGGCUCUUCACAAGAGGAGGGUGAGGAGGAAGGAGAAGAGGAGAGAGAAAUAGGGGAGGAAGCGGAGAGAAUUGUUGAGGUAAAGCUAGAGGGGGAGACAAGUGAAAGGACGCUGAGUGCUGCCUUUUCUGAUGCACUGCCUUCAGCAUCGCUUCAACACUGCAAGAAAGAGGACGGUGUAGAAGAGACUGAAGGUGAGGAGGAGGAAGCAGCUGAGGACGAGGAUGAGGAGGAGCUUCAGCUUCCAGCUCUGGAUGAUCUGAGCUCAAGUCCUGGGAAAACAGGGCUGCGCAGCGUGGACUCAGACAGCCUCUCUCCUGGGGAAGAUGCAGACUCCAAGGUCCACAACUUGAAGUGUAAGGUGUGUGAAGCUCAGUUUGAGACGAAGCGGGGACUGUCCAGCCACGCCCGCUCUCACUUACACCAGCUUGGCAUCAGCGUUUCCGAGAGCAGCGGGGCUCCCAUCGACCUCCUCUACCAAAUUGCCAAGGAGCGAAACAUAGACGGCCAAAUAAGCUCAUCUCUUCUGGAUCCUCUUUCAGCCAAGAACUCCUCACCGUCUGUUCCUCGGAAAGAUGAGGCGUUAGAAGACAUGGACUCAGACGAGAAACCCAUCCCUCUCUCCAUCCUGGCCAAAGCAGCAAAAGUGGCGCCGCCCUCUUCCUCCUCCACGCCUGCACCUUCUCCUGGUUCCUCUCCGGCUCCGCCUCAUUCUGGCUCUCCUUCCUCAGUAGUGAAGAAAGCCCCCAUUUCCUCUCUGCUGCCUGUGUCUUCCCCCUUGCGUUCCCCGGAGCACAAGGCCGGGGGAAUGAAAGGCUUGACCUCUAACCUCUCUGCCACCGUCACUACCAAACCCCUCUGGGCGCCACAGGAGAAUGACGCUCCUCUCAACCUCACGCUGGAGGUCGACCCCAACAAGGACAUCGUCUGUCAGCUGUGCGGUGCCUGGUUUGAGACUCGGAAAGGCUUAUCCAGCCAUGCCCGAGCCCACCUGCGGCACUUUGGGGUGGAGUACUCCGAGUCCAAGGGCUCUCCGAUCGACCUCCUGAACCAGCUCAUUGAUACUGACGACUUCAAGCACAAAGCCGGUGCACUGCAGCUGGACAGACAUGUGGAGCCGCGGGGCCUCGCGACCGCGCGCUCCUCCCCAAAGCAGUCCCUGCUGAGCCUUUCCUCCUCUUCCUCUUCAUCCCUCCUCUACAAGGUGACCACAGCUCGGGGUGGGUCGACAUCCAAAGCUACCUCUGCCUCAUCGUUACUCGGCCCACCUGCCAAGCGACUCAAGUCCUCUUCCAUGCGGGUUUUUCGCCUGAGUAGUGGGGAGCUCAUGGCCCUUCCACACAACGAACCUCCGAAGGAAAUAGGCUGCGAGUUCUGCGGGGAAUACUUUGAGAAUCGUAAAGGACUCUCCAGCCAUGCCCGCUCCCACCUGCGCCAGAUGGGCAUUACUGAGUGGACCGUCAACGGCUCGCCAAUCGACACCCUGAGGGAGAUCAUCACAAGACGGGGCCUACCUUGCGCUCUCCCUCUAAAACCUCUGAAAACUCCACUUCCAUCCUCUCCAGGACCCCCUCGUUCACCUUUGCCGACCUCCUCCUCUCCUUCAGCAACCCUCCUCAGUCGUCUGCCCUUCGCCUUCGCCCGCCCCUCCAGUCCUUCUCAGUCCGCGGCGUCUAAAUCGGGCUCUGCUCCACCGUCGUCUUCUAGCGGGCUGAUCCUCAAGCUGAAGCCUGAGCCGGUGCAGCUGGAAGUCACCGCGCCUGGAGCUGUGGGGAGGUCUGCCGGCUUCUCUGGUGAAGCCCUCAACUGCAGUUGGAGCAGCUCUGACAGUGUGUUCCCCCUCAACUUGGCCAUGGCCCAUGAAGUGGAGCCUACACGAGAUAUUCGCUGCGAGUUCUGCGGAGAAUACUUUGAGAACCGUAAAGGCCUCUCCAGCCACGCCCGCUCCCACCUGCGCCAGAUGGGCAUUACUGAGUGGACCGUCAACGGCUCGCCCAUCGAUACCCUGAGGGAAGUUAUGCACAAGAGAGGGGCAAGCUCCUCCUCUCGCUCAGACCAGGGAGUGAAGAAGGAGUCAAGCCAGGGAGCCAGCAGCCCCCUAUGGGAGAACACGGGGGGCACCGGCAGUUCAGAGGUUUUGGCCCUUUCAGGCUUCCAAUCCUCCAAAUAUCGUAAAUCCCCACUCAGUUUGCUGCAGUCGGGGUCGAGGCUCCACAAGCAGGGCCUGGGGUCCACAUCUGGUACCCCACCUGCAGGGAAGUUUUUCAGGAUGUCCCCUCUGGGCAAAAGGCCUCUGUCCGAGGAGGCCCAAUCAGUGGAGACCGCCCACUCACCGUCACAUCAGCUCAAGACUUUCUCACCUCUGCCACAUGAUUUCUCCUUCAAAAGAAAACCCUCCCCAGACAAACAUGGACACCAGGAUCCCAGUUGCGAGCUCUGUGGCUUCUACUUUGAGAACCGCAAGGCUCUGGCCAGCCAUGCGCGAGCCCACCUGAGGCAGUUUGGUGUGACUGAGUGGUGUGUAAAUGGAUCCCCCAUCGAGACGCUUAGUGCCUGGAUACGUAGCAGGCCGCAGAAGGUUUUGGAGAUGCAUCGUAGCUACAUGCAGGGUAACCGCUCCACCCUCAAGAAGAAGAGCAGCUCACCUCUUACUGCGUCAACGGAUUCUGAUCAUAUCCUCCCCAUCUCAUCGCAGAAGGCCUGCUCCUCCUCCUCCUCCUCCUCCUCCUCCUCCCAGUGGUCUUCUUCUUUCGCUGUGAGCCUGAUGCGGCCACUGAGCCGUGAGGUCAGCCAGGGCUCUUCCAAGACCACCGAGGGUGAAGUUGGUACCAACCUACAUGCUCCAUUCAGGCCCGGCCGCAGCAGUCCCAGUCUCUCGCGGCUCGCCGGCGGCCUCCCGCUUCACUCGCAGGUGGCACGCAGUGAGCUUAACGUCCGCCUGCCCAGAGGUUUUGAGCGUCGGCCCUUGAAGCACCCGUCUUGCCCAGAUGGAAUAGAGAGCCCUCCUAAACCCCCCCGCACAGGCACCGUCCCCGCCUUGGUGCCCAAACCCCCCUCCUACCCACUGGUCAAACUGGUGGGCAAGUUCUACACCCUGAAGUGCCGGUUCUGCGAGGUGGAGUUUCAUGGCCCGCUGUCGGUGCAGGAGGACUGGAUCAGACACCUCCAGCAGCACAUCCUCAAGAUGAACUACAACAAGCCUGCUGCGCCCAAAGCAGCCUCCGCUGAACCCCCCGCCCCUGUCAAUGACCCCGCCCCGGUCCAGGCCUCUGCCCCAGCCUCCACCUCUACCUCCAGUACCACCUCUACCACGCCUGCCCUCACCUCCACCCCGACCCGCACCACGGCUCCCAACAGCCGCUCCCCUACGCCUCCUGUGGCCGAGUGUGCUCCGCAGGUCACUGCUACAGAGAUCGUAAAAGUGUCAGAGGAGCAGCCCAACCUAUCUCCAACAUCUCUUCCCCUCCCCACCCAGACAGUGUAAGCUCCAAAUCAUCACUGUUAUUUAACCCCUUUAGUUUCUUCCUGCCUUUUAUAACAUAUCUUUUGGUCCAUCCGUUUCUUUCCUUUGGCCUUCACAAAGUGUUGUUGAGGAGGAGUGUUUCCCCUCCAAAGAGCCCUUUGAGCCCCAAGCACCUUUGAAGCAGCUUUCUAGACUGUUACUAAGUCCCGUUACCAUGGGAACGAAGCUCUCCUGGCUUAUCUGCGCACUGGGGAUGGGUGACUGUUGGAAGUGAGGAGAGAUGAACUAAUGUUGUGUUUGCCUUGUUUAUACUGAAUGUCCAGGCGUUGACGUGGGCUGUUGCUGUACCUCUCCCCCACUGGUUUAGGGGUUAAUGUAACCCUUUAUCAAACUUUACCCCCCUCCACUACAGUUUGCCUCCUUUCCCUUUAUGAACAGUGCAUUACUAAGACCUGUGAGACUUUGACCAUUUUGAUCAGCCUCUCACCCAAAGGUCCUGACUGAGAUUCAAAGACAUUUAUAAUCCUGCUCAUCUUGCGUUUGAGAUUUCAAACAUGUGGUAACACUUAAAGUUAAAAACAGGCACUUUUAAUGUUGACAUUGUCACGUAGCACUUACUGAAACGCCCAAUUUAAGUGGGCACAAAUUGACAAAUUCCAAUUUGGUUAAAGGAGCAAGAAGUGGAAGCACACCCAAAAAGGGAAAAUCCCCUUGUUAACUUCAUAAUGUAAUUUGUUUCCCCAAAAUAUACAUUUUGCUUGAAUGUAGCUUAAAGCACCUAUUAAUACCUUUUUAUAUGCACACAUUCAUACACAAUCAAACAUAUGCCCCAUGUUGCUAUACCAUUGAUAGUUUUUAUGAGGAUACUACUCCAGUCUGAUAGGGCUGCUGUGUGUUGCUUUUUAAUCUCCCUUUCUGGAUUGGAGAAGCAGGGCCAUAGAAAAUGUCAACGUUAUAAGUUUUCCAUUCAGUGUUGCCAUUUUCUUCCUGCCUUUUUUUCAAUUCAACCCAAGUUAUUAUUUAUUUAUUAUCAUGCAUCUGAAUGUCGUAAGCUUGGUCAUUUUAAAGCUAACGUAGAAUGUUUGAAAAUAGGUCAGCGGUGCACUUUUGAACUAGUGCUGUGUGUGUGUGUGUGUGUGUGUGUGUGUGUGUGUGUGUGUGUGUGUGUGUGUGUGUGUGUGUGUGUGUGUGUGUGUGUGUGUGUGUGUGUGUGUGUGUGUGUGUGUGUGUGUGUGUGUGUGUGUGUGUGUGUACAUACAUAGCAAAUGUGCAUUUGUUUCCCAAUUCAAAGAGAAAGACGGAAGUAAACCUGCUGAUAGGAAGACACUCUUUAGCUCAAAGUGGACUAAAUGUGGGUCUGUGUGUAGUCUGAUGGGGACUUAAAUGCAUCAGUCGUCAUUUUAGGGUGUGCCAAAGAGUCUGUUUACUUCCUUGUCUUGCCUCUGUAAAAAGCUGUUUACAUUGGACCUGAUGGUGGAGGAAACGCCACACAGCUAUCGAGUUCCAUGAGGCUCCACGCUGAACAAUGGACUGUACCGGCGGCGAUCUGCAUCCACUACAUGCACAGCAGAGAGGAGAAGACUCUGGAGCGGCUUCAUGGGACUGGUGUUCUUACUGUAGGGUUAGAUUAUUCCAAUUAAACAUGGAACACAAACCAAACUAGAUUUCGAGCUGGGCUUUCGAGAACUGCCAGCCCUCGGUCCAAACACAGAAACACGUUCUUCUUUCUACGUUGCUUCAGAGUGCGUUCAUAUCAACCCACGACUGAAGCAAUACCUAAAGGGUCCAUGUAGUUCUUGGCGACCUUUUUAGGGUUUGUUGCCCAUGUUUGAAACAUGACUGUUCGAGCCAAACGAUACCUUUUAUGGAGUAUAGAUACAUACUAUAUAACUACAUGUACUUAAGAAGCUGUUGAUGCUAGUAGAGCUAUCGGCAGUUCUAUUAGCGAGGUAGUUAAAAAAAAAAAAAAGUGAUCUUAAUUCCUCUAUCGUGAUUUGAUUUCAACCUUUGAUGCUAUGUAUUUUUUAUUGCUCUGUGCAUUUCUGUAUUUGCAGUCCUGCAAGGUGAAUCUUUAGAGUAUUUUUUAUUUUUAAUCUGUUGGUCUCUCCAAGCUGAAACUCUGGUGCUGGUGAGAAUGUUGCAAGUCGGGAGCUGGCGAAUGACUGUUUGUGAGGAAGACAUUUCAAUGUGAUUGUCACGUCCUGGUAUCACUAGGACUCUAAUACGCAGGCCUUAAAGGGGACCCCUGUGCAUGGUGAGAUGUGAUCCUCGUCUGCGUUCACAGAGUAAUGGAUGCUGCAGCCUCUUGCAGGUCUGUGGCUGCGUUACUGUGGGAGACGCAGGCUAAUGCAUUAGAGUUCCCUUUAAGAUUACCUGAGCAAGCUUCAGCUGGUGUAACCGGCUGUUUAGUGUGUAUGUAUGUGUGUGAGUAUGUUAAAAAAGAAAAUAAAAAAAAACUGCGAGAUGACAUUGAUGAGUAGGAAGAAGAAGAUGCAGUUGAGGAAAGAACCGUACUGUACACAAAGGGUUACGUUUUAAGUUAAACUCCAGAACAAACAAUAAAUGUGAUUUCAAUUUCA